AUGAACAGCGUGCUUGAACAAGCAACAGCGUCUUUAAGCGCAAGUAGUGACUCGUCACCAGUCCUUGUCGAGCCUUUAGACCGUCGGUCUCGUCCUGUGGAAACAGAAGAAGAAGAGGAAGAGGAAGAAGACGUGUCACAAGAUGAAGACACGGAUGAAAUAGAGGAGAAGAAAGAUGAAGCAAUGACUGCAAGACGCUCCUCGCGACGACUACAGACAGAAUUGGAUAUUGCAAGUCCACCGCUUUCCAUGGGCCAUGAAGACGCCAGCAGUACGUCACCCUCGUCAGCUUCGCACUACUCUUUGCGCACACGACAUAGUAAACCGAAGCGAUUUGACGAGUGCAUUUACAAUGAUGUGUUCAUGAACUCACACUCGACGUAUGCUUCGUCCACGCCCGAGUCUGCAAUUAACAGCAAGAAACGUAGUCACUGUCGCAACCAAAAUCGAAGCCGCCAUACCAAGAGGCAGCGUAGACAUGCGGGCGAGGAGGAGGAGGAGGAAGAAGGUGAGGAUGACGAAGAGCACGAGGAAGUCAACCAGGAGAUGAGCAUACGCGAGAUUAACAAGAAAAUCAAAGCGCAGGAACGCAAGGAACGAGAAAAGGCCCAAGAUUUGGAACGACGGUCACGCUCGACGCGCUACUCACUGCGGUCACGAGAGCGUAUCACAAUAAGGGAGAUAAACGGUGUAUCACCACCACGUAUAGAGAGAAGGUCUAGUCGGACAAAGCGGUUGCAGCUGGAGGUGCGUGGAGAAGAUGAUCACGCUGAGGCCAGACGCAACAAUGAAGCUGAAAAUAACGACUCUCAGUCCGAGAUUGAUGACGCAAACUCUGAGGACGAACACGACGAUGAUGACGGCGAGGGUGGACCCGCAAACUCGACCCGGUACCAUCUGCGUCAUCGACGACAAGUACCUGUCAGCAAUAGUAUGACCACCCGAAGCCGAACAAAGAUUAGCUCGGCACCUGUGUUUGAAACUGAAACCCCGUCGCGUCGCUAUUUACUUCGCGAUCGCUCUAAAACUCUUCGGAGGGAUGUUGAAGAAGAUGCAGCUAUCUCUCCGGAGACAUUAGCAUACGCGGAGUAUCAUAAACAACAAGCCAGCCGUGCAUCGAAGAGAAACGGUGCAAAUGGGUCCGGUAGCAACAGGCGUCUUUUUUUGUCGGAAAUGGGUUUGUCACCGCCUACGCGCCGUCGUCGUAGCCGAGACCGAAGCAAGCAUGGCCGAGGACACCGAAAUCGACACCGUCGCUCUCUCUCGUCCUCUUCUUCUGGUUCGUCAUCAUCUUCUGGUAUGCACCUAGGUGACGAUGGUUCUGACGGCGGAAUGCAAACGAGCAGCCCGCGGCGGUCUUCUAAAGGUAGUCGGAAAGGCGGUAGCUCACGCGCUGAUAUCACACCUGUAGAAGUGGAUUGCAGCAUUACUUGGGACAGCGUGGGUGGUCUAAAGAUGCACAUUGAAGCGCUGAAAGAAAUGGUGAUGCUACCGCUGUUGUACCCUGAAUUUUACGAUAAGUACAACGUAGCACCACCGUCAGGUGUUUUGUUCUAUGGGCCACCUGGUACAGGAAAAACGCUUUUAGCACGAGCUUUGGCGAAUUCUUGCUCUUCAUAUAGCAAAGACGAGCAAUCGAGUAGUUCGAGAGGGGCAGCGAGUUCUGGAAAGCAUGUCAAGAAGAAAGCGAGACCAAGACGGCAUGUAACGUUUUACAUGCGAAAAGGAGCAGAUUGUUUGAGUAAGUGGGUGGGAGAAGCAGAGAGACAGCUACGACUUUUGUUUGAAGAAGCGAAACGGAACCAGCCUUCCAUUAUAUUUUUUGAUGAGAUCGAUGGACUUGCACCCGUGCGCAGUGCCAAGCAAGAUCAAAUUCACGCAUCAAUUGUGUCGACGUUGCUUGCUUUAAUGGAUGGUAUGGAUUCACGGGGACGCGUUGUAGUUAUUGGAGCAACUAAUCGACUUGAUGCCAUUGACCCUGCUUUGCGUCGCCCUGGCCGGUUUGACCGAGAACUUGGCUUCAAGCUACCCAGCGCGAAUGAGCGAAAGAGCAUGCUAGCGAUCCAUUCGAAACACUGGAAGCCUCCGCUAUCCGACAGGUUUUUGACAGAGCUUGCCGAGCAGACGGUGGGUUACUGCGGUGCCGAUAUUAAAGCGCUUUGCGCGGAGGCAGCUUUGUGUUCUUUACGCCGCGUGUACCCACAAGUGUACGCAAGUGAAGAUAAGUUGCUGAUCAAUUUGGACAAGGUGGUAGUAGCUCGCGGCGAUUUUAUCAAGGCAGCGAGAAAGAUCACCCCAGCUUCUCAUCGCGCCGUCAGCUCCUUUGCAUCACCGCUUCCACGAGCGGUUAAAGGACUGCUACAGCAGCAGCUAUCAAAAGUGUUGCGAGAUGUGUCCCGUCACUUUCCACUCUUCCCUCUCGAUAAGUCAUCUAUCGAUGACGCCGUUACCACGGGCAACGAGACUUCUGAAGAUUUGGGAGCUGAAGAGGACGAAGAUGAAGGCGAAGACGACGUGGAUAUUUAUGCGAGUGUGAAUCAUGAUGACUGCGACGUUUGUCAUGGGAACGAGGGUGAGCUGCUUUGCUGUAAUGUAUGCCCUGGAGCUUUCCAUAGCGCAUGCAUUCCGGACGUAACUGUGACAGCGGUCUCGGAGGAGACCAGUAACGGUUCCUGGUUCUGCCCUGAAUGCCGAAAUUCGAAUUUUGUUGUGCAAAGAGCAGCGCAGAGUGCACAAAAGAAGCGUGUUCUGUCUAUAGCUUCCCUUCAGUUGCCUCGUUACUCAGGAUUCCCUCGUGCUUUGAUCGCAGGCAAGGCUGGCAUGGGUCAGCAAUACAUCGGCCCGGCAUUGCUGCAUGCAUUAGAAGGACUGACGCACUUUUCGCUGGACUAUCCUUCGCUUGUAGCUGACUCCAACUCGCACCUUCCGGAAGAAGCACUUAUUCAGAGACUUAAUGAGGCUCAAAAGUGCUUGCCGUGUGUACUCUAUCUUCCGCAGAUUGAGCUGUGGUGGAGGAAUACUAGCGAAUCGAUGCAUCUGACCUUGAAGAUGAUGCUUAUGAAUCUCCAAGCACGGGCUAACCUGCCAAUCUUGUUUUUGGCUUGCACAGCGUCGUCUUCAUGUGGUGACGAGCGAAAUUUACCAGAGGACUUAUUGGCGCUAUUUCGCGAAGAUCCAAGCGUAUCUAUGACGUCUGUGAUAAUGGAAUUGGAUGCACCGAGCAAGGCUGCUCGUUUGGCUCAUUUUGAAAAAAUAUUUAGCUCGAUUGCAACGCCCCCAUCGAUUCAGACGACGAAACGAGCGAAGGAUGAAAAGCAUGAAAAGCUGCCGUUGGCUCCAUUACCGCCGACAACAUUCAAGAUGAAACUGACUGCAGAAGAGCAGCUAAAACGAAAAGAGCGAGAUUUCCAUUUUCUGCGCGAGCUGCGCAUCUUCUUAAGUCAAGUGCUGGUGUACUGCUAUUCGCAAAAGGAAUACACACCCUUUUUCGUUCCAGUGGAUCCCGUGGCAGUGCCAAACUAUUACUUGAUUGUAAAGCGUCCUAUGGACUUGAGCACGAUGCGUGACAAACUCAACGACAAGGAGUACACGUGCUUUGAGCAGUUUAUGGACGACAUCCAGCUUAUCGUACGAAAUGCCAAUGUGUUUAAUCCCAAACGCAGCAGAACACGCCACAUCGCGCAAGCGGCUGGCACGAUGAAGGACAAUAUUUUGUCGUAUGCGCACCGGUUCCGCAUACGACAGGGCUAUGACCUUUUUGCCAAAUGCCGUGAGGUGACGAAGCGGCUCCGAGCGCACCCAACCAUGUAUGGAGAGUAUGGUCAACAGUUUAUGAAUUCUAGUGGAAUUAACACCCGCAAGAAUUACGUCCAAGACUCCGAAAAGCCCAGUGUGCGCGUUAGUGCGCGGCUUCGUGGCGUAAAAGCCCCUGAAAUUAAUUUGAAUGCAGCGAUUUCUCGCGCAACGACAAGCGCAAGUAAGCUUACGAUUAGUGGAGUUACUGUGAAGAAGGAGCCUUCUGAAGUUCAGGAUAGCAAAGGAGCCCAAGAGGGGGUGACUCAGUGGUUUGAUGAUGAAGAGGAGGAAGAGAGAGAAAAAAGUAAAGAAAGGGAACGGAUUAGAGCCGAAAGCAGCAAGAAGCCUGACCUCAACAUGACAAUCAUAGAGACGGAGGAAGAUAGCGAACAAGAAGCGUUUGAUGAAGGCGAUCGCAUCUUCGUGAGCAGCCGGACGCACCCCGGUAUCAAUCGUGAGGGUGGUGCUGGUGUCGUGCAGAGUCGGAAUAAGGACGGUACAUAUAAUGUCAAGUACGUUCUUGGUGGAAGCGAAAAGGCCGUCAGCGUGAAGUAUAUUAAACGGCUAACGGAUGACGCAGUCAUGGAGUCGGUGAAGACGCAGCGGUCUGUGGCCAACAACUCGACAGACACAGGUUCCGUGCGACUUAUCCAGGACGAAGAGAAGAUGGACGAAACGGACUUUUUUGAUGAACUAUUGUGGCCCAUUUUAAAGGAGGAUGGGUGGAGACGCGAUGAUAAUUUUGACAUUAUUGAAGCAUCGGGCAAGGAGUCCGGUCUGGCCGUCCAGCGUGUUGUGUUUACUCCAGGCAAGAAGCGCAACGGUAAGUUGGUGACUCUAAAUAGCGUCCUGGAGGCAUUGGAGUACGUUUCGGCCGAUCCAGAGCUAUCAAAGAAGUGUUUUGGUUUUCGGUUUGCGGAAAGUAUGAUGAUCGACGAAGCUCUUGACGAAAGCAGUAGUGACGAAGAGACUGUUGAGACUGAAAAAGUGUCUAUAGCUGAAGAGAAAUGUCCUACCAUGGAACCAAGUGCUGACGAGAAAAUGUCUGAUGUGCAUGAUGAGAAGCCGGUGGUGGACGACGUCCAAGAGACACGAGAGUUUAUUUAUGAUGAGGCUCGCAUGACACUAGUUUUGACAAAAUUGGUGGAAAAGACAGCAAACUGGACUGUUGACAAGCUGCGUGAUGAAUUGCUCGUGCUGAAUAAGCUCGUGUAUCCAUUUCGUAACCAGUUUGACCGCACAGAGCUGAUGAUGCUUAUAGAAGCACACGAAAGGGACAUGUAA